GUGAAAUCCUGCCUGCUUGCAGUUUGGAAAUAAUGUGGGAGUGGUUCCCUCGGCUGCCUGCUCCUGACCUCUGUGCACACCUUGGUCUGCCUUGACCUCGCCCACACUGAAGGGACGUAAGCCAGAUUUUUGAUUUGUUGUAAAGUGCAAGUCACCGCUGCCGAAGCGAUCAGUAUUCAAAAACUUGUGAAACGCUGCAUGUCUAGCAAAAUUUACUUUUGUAUGGGAAUAUAAAUGUUUGCUGAGAGAUUGAUUGGUCAGCGAAGAUUUUGAUAUUGCACCUGUUCUUGUCAGAAGCAGUGGAUCAAGCGUUCACUGCAGUGUCUUUACUAAGUCAGGAACCUGCAGUCACGAUGUGCUGUCUUUCAACCCUAAUCCUUUCACCAAGAAUGAAGCUAUUUAAAAAUUAAGAUGCCAACAGAUCACGAGGAGCCCUGUGGCCCCAGCCUCAGGUCAUUUUGCCUGAAUGGGGGGAUAUGUUAUGUGAUUCCUACUAUUCCCAGCCCAUUCUGUAGGUGCAUUGAGAAUUACACAGGAGCUCGUUGCGAAGAGGUUUUUCUCCCAAGCGCCAGCAUCCAAAGCAGAAGUAACCUGUCGGCAGCAAUCGUGGCCCUGGCGAUCCUACUCACGCUCGCCAUUGCAGCGCUCUGCCUUCUGUGCAGGAAGGGCCACUUUCAGAGGGCCAGUUCAGUCCAGUGUGAGAUCAGCCUGGUGGAGAGAAACACCGGCGCCCACCACAGUCACAGAGGUCACUGAAGGCACGCCCAGUGAAGGGCACAGAGAUCACUGAAGGCAUGCCCAGUGAAGGGCACUAUUGUGGUCACCUUACACAGGAAGAAAGUAAACUGCACGGUGAGAGAAGGUCACCAACGCCUGUUGUGUGUCCACCAUCACAGGUCACCGAGUCGCCUUCUCUAAACAGCUUUCCUGUUCCCAGAUUCAACUCUCCCUCUCCCCGUGGACCUGUGACAACCACUGAUGUCUUCACUUCAUACUUUCCGGACUCUAGCGCUGCGAUGAUACGGUUUGCAGCACAAACCACUUGUCUUUUGCUACUGGCCUCGCAGAUCAAUUUUAAACAAAACUGAGAAAACUAAGGGGGAACAGCACAAGGAGGACCACAGCUGUAAAAUUUAUCAACAGGCGGUGCUGAAGGAGCCUAACGCUGAUGUUCUUAAAGGACAAUAAAUACAAGUUUAGUUUUUUGACUGCAAGCAGAAUUGUGUUCAGUGAACCUCUUGGCAACAGCAAAAUUGAAUGAAUUGGUACAUUAGCAAUUCCUUAUUUUUUUGAGACAGGCUGUCACUUUGUAGCCUUGUCUGGCCUGGAAGUCAUCAGUGUAGACCAAGCUGGUACUGAAUUCAAGAAAUUCUCCUGCCUCA